CACUUUAUUUAAAAUAUGACACGGCGUUCGCAAUUGACCUUUGAACUGGACGGCCCCCUGAUUGUUUGACGUGGAAACCCCGUGCGUCGCUCUCUCUUUCCCUCUCGGAGUCGAAGAACAGGAGCGUGCACAUCGUUUCGUGUCUUAUACAGACUUAAAAAUGCGUUACGUGGCCGCUUACCUGCUUGCCACCCUUGGUGGUAACAGCAGUCCAUCAGCAAAAGACAUCAAGAAAAUCUUGACCAGUGUCGGGAUUGAUGCUGAUGAAGAUCGCGUCGACAAAGUGGUGUCUGAACUCGGUGGGAAAAACCUUGAUGAUGUGAUCAAUUCAGGUCUUUCCAAGCUUUGUUCAGUACCAUCUGGCGGCGCUGUGGCUGCUGCUCCUGCAUCUGCUGCUCCAGCUGCUGGUGGAGCUGCCGCACCAGAAAAGAAAGAAGAAGUAAAGGAAGAAUCUGAAGAGUCCGAUGAAGACAUGGGAUUUGGGCUCUUUGAUUAAGUAAAUCUUACAAUAAAGGAACGUUCCAUCAGA